UUAACUCUUGCAAACCGUAAAAAAGUGCAUUUUUGCGGCUUAACUGGGAACUUGUAAAAGCACACUCCACACUCUGCCCCUCACAGCUUUACUUAUUCAACUUUGACCGAGUACUUUUUGGGUACUUUUUCCAGCCUGUGGGCGUUAAGUUUUGAAGUUCAAGGAUAAUUUAAAAUGCAAGCAGGCUGAUGAGUUAGCUUUAAUACAUGCCAGCCGUAGCUUUAUUUGUUUUUACUUUUAUUUUUGUUAGCACAUUUUUGGGCGAUUUGAAUAAUUUUUUUGCACAAUUUCUUUGCAUAUUUUUCAGGUCAAACGCUUAACUAUGGGCCUCUUGCGUACGAAUGAGGAAUCGCGCCCGCUGGUUAAUAUCGCGACGCCCACAAAUACGACUAACACAAACUUGCUGAACAACUCUAAGCUCGAUAGUUCAACAAGCAAUAAAAUCUACUCGAAUGGUUACAUUAAUGAGGAAGCUUUUGAGCCGGAGAAGUUUAUUGCAAGCAAAUUUGGUGAUUCAUGUCGACAAUCGUUGACGGCCAUACCAAUGUUGGACACUGUGAACCUGAACGACAACAGCGAGUUCAAUUUGAAGAAGCGUUAUUUGCGCGAGACGAGCAGUGCAAACUCCAGUCCGAAAAUAUUCGCAAAUCGCCUGCGCGCUAAUACCCUCUCGGCGGCUAUUCGUUCCAACACCACCACCAACUCCUACACAAAUACUAACAUUGCCACCGCCAGCGAUGUCGUCUUAGAUGAUGAUGCCGAUGAAGCUGAUCUCAAAGAUGCCUCUUGGUUUCAGGCUGGAAUUUCUCGGGACAUUGCUGUCGAAGUGCUUAACAAUAAGAGUCCUGGUGCCUUUUUGGUGCGCAAAAGCACUUCUAAGCCGGGUUGUUAUGCCUUAACGCUGCGUGUGCCAUCGCCACCCGGACCUAAAACUGCCAACUAUAUAAUAUUGCGGACGACACGAGGCUUUAAAAUCAAGGGCUUCCGUAAGGAGUUCUCCACGCUUCAGGCCUUAAUCACACAUCACUCGGUUAUGCCCGAAUUACUACCGGUGCCGCUUGCUUUACCCCGACCAACAAAUAUGACUUCUUCCAGACGAAAUAUUGACGACUUCGAUACAUAUGAUUCACUACAAAUGUUGCUUAAAUAUUUACGCGCAAAAAAUUUAGAAAAUGAAUAGAAUUAAGCAGAGUGAUAUGGUGGCAUACUAAGUAAAUAUGUUUACUGAAUAUAAUUUAACUCAAUGUUGUUAAUGGAAAAAGCACAAAAAUAGCAGAGUAAAUUUAUAAAAAAAGAAAGAGCAGUGAGAAUGGUACGGAAAAUCCAUAAGCUGGAUAAUUGCCAACGCUUCAGCAGCAUGCAUAUAGGUUAUAUAUGUACAUAUAACUGCGAUCUAAAAGAUACGUAUAAGAAAAUAUACAAUAUGGUUGCAAGUUAUAGUUACCAAUAUGAAUUGUGCACUCUUUUCACUUUGAUAACAUUUCUUUCAAAAAUUUAAAAAGCAACUUUUCCCUGUAAACAUUGCUUUAAUUAAUUGUUAAAAUAACUAGGAACAAUUUACUGGAAGGAGAAAGUUGGUUAGUUCACACUGAAAGUAGUAACAGUUCAGAUUUUGCUCCAAAGUUAAGUAUCUAGUUAGAAGCGAUUCUGAAUGGCAAACUGGGAUGCAAGUCUCACGUUGAGCACAGGACCUCUAAACCUUCACAUCAUUUUGGCAACUUAAAUAGGCAUGAGGAAUCUGAGUUUGAAAUUUAAUUUUAUCAAAAACGGCCGCUGGCUACGCCUUGGUGCAAUACAGCAUGUAGAAAUAUUGCUUAGCAACAUUGUUGAGAAACAUUCUGCGCUUUUUCUUCAUGUUCCUACCUGGUUUUUCUGCAUCAAAUCGCACCAAAGCGGUUGUUUUUGGUAAAAAUAAAUUGCAAAUUCAGUUUCCUCGGACGCCGAACUUCCCAGAGAGUCCUUUUAAAUGCAUAAAUAUUUGCGUUUAAAUUAAUUUUAAUUGUUUUAAAUGUUGAUCUGCGACCAUCAACUUCAAAUUGAUUUAAAAAAAUCUUAAAAUCGCCAGCCUGGGAAAACUGAGAAAUU